GUAGCUUAUGACGUCAUGUCAUAUGAUUUCUCAAAACAUAGCAGACGAAACUUAUCCUUCGAGAUGGCUGUUGCUGCUGCUCAGGGCAAACUUAUUGCCGUCAUUGGCGAUGAGGACACGUGUGUUGGCUUUUUGUUAGGUGGCAUCGGAGAGGUGAAUAAGAAAAGAGAACCGAACUUCCUGGUAGUGGAUAAAAACACUAGUGUUCAAGAAAUUGAGGAAUGUUACAAGAAAUUUAUGAAGAGAGAUGACAUAGACAUCAUUCUGAUAAAUCAAAAUAUUGCAGAACAAAUCCGUCACGUCAUUGAUAGUGACAAUGAUAACCCUCUCCCAGCUGUCUUAGAGAUUCCCUCUAAGGAUCAUCCAUAUGAUCCUACUAAAGAUUCUGUGCUUCGCAGAGCCAAGGGUUUGUACAGUGCUGAAGAUAUGCGUUAAGAAGUCAUCAGUAGUGGCGAGAGAGAGAGAGAGAGAGGCCUAGGUGCUGGUCUCUGUUGUCAACAUUCCUUUUAUUAGCAUGAAUGUCAGUCAGUGUGAUUAAUGAAGGACCAUAAAAAGUACAGUAGAUGCUCCUACAUUAAUAAUUUUGAAUAUUAUACUGUACAAUACAGUACUCCUCAAAGCUUUUUUUAUGCAUAAAUAUACUAAUAUUUUCACUUUGUGAAAGUAUGUAAGGUGAUUCACACAAUAAUUUUGAUGAUGAUUUUCCAUUUAAGUAGUAAAAGCAUAUUAAGAAUGAAUUAAAUUGACAAAUAGAGAAAUAUUGUAAGGAUAUUAUUAGCUUUCGAAUGUACUUUCAUUUUCAGAUUUUACUUAUCAGUCUCCAAUGGUCAUAAUAAUAUUGCCUAGGAAUGUAUUGAUGAGAGGAUAGUAGUGUUGCUAUAUGUAUAGGGAACACCAGUUCAUUAUGAGUCAUUAACUUAUAUGUGAUAUAAGGAAGUGCAUUUGAUGAGGAGUAUAGUGUGUAUAGGUAGAGGAACAAGUACUAAUUAAGUUAGAUUAAACCAAUGGGUAAUGGGAAUGAAAUAUUUUCAACAAUUUUAUAAAUUUUUAGGAUAAUUAACUGGCAAUACCUUGUUUUGUAGGUAUUAUCUAAAAGGCUUUAAAGAGUUCUCCAUCUACAUAAUGUAUAAUUUUUUAACUUCGUCUUAUUUGCAUUGGUCCAUAGGGCUUCCUGUUCCACACAAGAGAGUGAAUUAAUAAAAAAAACCUACACAGUAUGAACCCAACCUCCUUCAUCACUAUUCCCC